GUUCCACUAACAUUGAUAUCCCGCUUUUCUGUCCAUACCCAAAAAAAGAAGAAUUAGAAGAAGAAAAUCUCUGAAUCUCUCCGUAAGAAACAAUUUUUUACACGAAGAAAUGCAAGAACAAGGAACGAGUUCAAUUGCAGCUAGUUCCUUGCCCUCAAGCAGUGAAAGAUCUUCUAGCUCAGCUCUUCAAAUAGAAGUCAAAGAAGGCAUGGAAAGUGAUGAAGAGAUCCGGAGAGUGCCUGAGAUAGGAGGUGAAGCGUCAGCAGCCGGACGAGAAGCCGGUUCAGUGACCCGGGUUCAGACAUCAGGAAAGGGCGGUCAGAGAAAGAGAGGGAGGAGCCCAGCGGAUAAAGAGAACAAGCGGUUAAAGAGGUUAUUGAGGAACAGAGUUUCAGCGCAGCAAGCAAGGGAGAGGAAAAAGGCCUACUUGAAUGAGCUGGAGACCAGAGUUCGAGACUUGGAGAAGAAGAACUCUGAGCUUGAAGAGAGUCUUUCCACGUUGCACAACGAGAAUCAGAUGCUUCGACAAAUAGUGAAGAACACAACGGGCAGCAGGAGAGGAGGAAAUGGCAGUUCAAAUGCAGCAGAUGGAACGCUUUAAGGCGUAUAGAAUUUAUUAGGGGA